AGAGCGGCAGGGGGAGGGGCCUGGCGCAUCUUGCGGAGCUCCGGCCGCGGUUCCCGGGCAGUCUGCCGUGCCGCCGAGGCGCAUCUGGACGUGUGCGUUAGUUGAUAGAAGCACCAUGGAAAAUACUGAAAUUACAAUAGAUUCAAAGUCCUCCAAAAGUUCAGGAUUAAAGAUCUUCCAUGGUAGCAAGUCUGUGGAAUCUGGACUGUCAUCAGACAGCUAUAAAAUGGAUUAUCCAGAAAUGGGGUUAUGUGUAAUCAUAAAUAAUAAAAAUUUUCACCCAAACACUGGCAUGUCUUUUCGGUCUGGGACUGAUGUAGAUGCAGCACAUCUCAGGGAUACAUUCAAAAGCUUGAAAUAUGAAGUCAGAAAUAAAAAUGAUUUGACAUGUAAAGAAAUAAUUGAAUUACUUUACAAUGUUUCUAAAGAAGAUCACAGCCAAAGGAGCAGUUUUGUUUGUGUGAUUCUAAGUCAUGGUGAAGAAGGAAUCAUCUUUGGGACAGAUGGAUCUGUUGAACUGAAAAGAUUAACAUAUUUCUUUAAAGGGGAUAAGUGUAAAAGUCUUACAGGAAAACCAAAGCUUUUUAUCAUUCAGGCAUGUAGAGGCACAGAGUUGGAUUGUGGUAUUGAGACAGAUAGUGCCACUGAUGAUGUAACAUGCCAGAAAAUACCUGUUGAGGCAGACUUCUUAUAUGCUUAUUCUACAGCCCCAGGUUACUAUUCUUGGAGAAAUUCAAAGGAUGGUUCAUGGUUUAUCCAGUCACUUUGUGCAGUGCUGAAACAGUAUGCUUACAAGCUUGAAAUCAUGCAAAUCCUUACCAGAGUCAAUCGGAAGGUUGCCACAGAGUUUGAAUCUUACUCCUUAGAUGCUACCUUCCAUGCAAAGAAACAGGUGCCAUGUAUCAUGUCCAUGCUUACUAAGGAACUAUAUUUUUUCCCCUAAGAACAUCCAUGCAUUUUAAUUUGUAUGCCAAACUAGUGAAUGAUAAAUCUGAGGACUGCAUUUACUAGGUAAUUUAAUUGAACACCUUGAGCCUAAUACAGUAUGGCAAUGAGUGGGUUUGGGAGCUUGGGAGAGAAUCACUAUUUCUCCAUUUAAUAGAACCAACACAUUGCUACCUCAAAUUUAGGGAAUUGAAACCAGCUAAUUAAGGUUUGAUUAUAUUUACUUUGAAAAGAAAAAUAGACAUUUGUUAUAAGAAGAAACUAUUAUAUCUUCAAAACUUAAAAUAAUUACAGACUUAGGAAACAGAAUCCUCAAUGAAAUAGUCAUGGGUUUUGAAGGGAUUAUGGAAAAAUUAACACAUUUACAAAUAUAUUUUUGAAUAUGUUAACUAUGAAAUGUAGCAUGGCAUAGUGGCUAAAAGGAUAGCCUUGGAGCCAAGAAAACAUGAUUUGCAGCACUAUCUGAGAUGUGUUCCCUGGAAAAGUCUCUUGAUUUAUCAAUAUUCCAGGCAGUGAAGACUGAUCAAGAGAAGUAGAGUGAGUUUCCAUUCUGGGAGUUUCUUCACAGACAGGUGAGACUCAGUCAUUCUGACCCAGAUUUUUUUAACUGAAUUUGUAUUUAGUUUUUGUCAAAUGACAGAAAAUGCUUUCUGAAUUUCUGCCACAAUCAUGGUAUGGCUAGAUACUAGCUGUAGUAUGUUUUUAUUUGAAAAAUUCAUAUUUAGAAUUAAACAAGGGAGACCAUAGAUGAAGUUUGUUUAACAUAUAUAUUACAAUUUCACUCAGUUUCUGAACACAUAAGGGACAUGGGGCUAGGUUUUUUAUCUAUCAAAAUUAACUUGAAUAUAAAAUUUAGAAACCAGAAUUAUAUUUGAGCAAAAAUGUGGAUAAGUUCUGGUGCUGUCUUUGAGCCAUACAUAAUCAUCUAGUGCAAGCAAGAUUCAUUCCUAAGCCAAGGUACUGAAAUGCACCUUGUUUACCAGAGGGAUGCUUGUCCUCACACUGAUCAGAUGGGCUGACUUGUCAGUUAGCUGGAAGGCAUCUAAUGACCUGCUAUGUGAAAAACUGGAAAAUGACUGAUUCUGAGCAACACAAAUUUAAUAGAUGCUAGAGAUACAAUUUGAAGCAACAUUGUAUGUAUAAAGUCAUUUGAAAACUGAUCAAUGGCCUAAUCAUCAGAGGCUUGGCUCACAAAAAUCAAUGAGGUCAUGAGAUCCUUACUUGAAUGGAGUUAUUGGCAGGAAGAAGCACAAACUGGAUCUUCAGGCCAAUGGAAAGAAUGGUUCUGAUGACAGCUUCUUAUGUCAACAUCAGUCUUAAUGUACAAAGAACAAACCAAAUAGACACAAGAUCAAAGUUUUCCAAAGAUGGCUGAGGCCUAUCCAAAUAUUUGGCGUUCUUUAUUGAAGAAUAUGUUUGUUAAGUUAUUUUCAGAGACAUUUAUAAUCAUGAGAAAACAGUAGCAAGACUUCAUUUUUUUCUAAAACCUUUGGCUGAUUUACUGAACAUAGACUCUAAAAUAGACUCAUAGAUCUAGAGCUGAAAGGAACCUCAGAGGUGAGGCCACCUAGUUCAACUACUUUCUUUUAUUAAAAAGGCUCAAUGAGAUUGAGUGACUUGUCUAAGACCACACUAGUAAAGAGCCUGCGAAUGAGACCCUCUGUCUCCAGACCCUUAUGCUCUAUCUACUCAGCUGUUCUUAGAACAUUUUUUUUUUUUACAGGUGAGAAAAAUAAGGCAAAAAGUGCAAUGAUUAGCAUAAGAACAGCAUUAGUGAGGAGCUGAUCUGGGUCUAGGAUCCAGGUCUCUUGAUUCCUACUUAAUGUCAUCAACAAUCUUUUUGUCUGGUAAUUUUUAAUUUGUACUUGAGGGAGGAAAGCCCAGACUUACAAGUGGUGAUAUUCCCCUUUUACUGGUGCAUAAAUGAUGUUUCUAAGUUAUGUAAUUUAGAUAUAGCAUGUAAUUGUAAAUGGUACUUGAUUAUGUUUGUGUGAUUACUUUUACAAUAAAGAUUUGUUACUUAGAGUGUUUUUACUUCUAAAAAUAAAUUUCUAUAAAAUUCA